AUGGUUUCUGCAUCCAAAGCCGCCCGUCAGGCCAAACGUGCCGCUGAUGGCGAUAAGAAAACAUCCAAACUCGCAUCCAAAAAGGCCGCCAAGGCCAGCGAGACCCCCGAAUUGCAAGACGGUGAUGGAGAUGCCAUCCCAGCCGGCGAUGAGCCCGCCACCACUGCCGAUAAGCAGAAGGAGGUCGACAAGCUGACGGCACAAAUGGACAAGCACGGUCUCUCCGACCGAGUCACAACCGGUGUUUUAUCCUCGAUGCCUUCAUCUCGCGACGUCAAGAUCACUUCCGCUUCGUUGGUGUUCCACGGUAAGGUUCUGUUCACCGACACCACCCUAGAGCUCAACUAUGCCAGACGAUACGGUUUGUUGGGUGAGAACGGAUGUGGUAAAUCUACGCUUCUGAAGGCUAUCGACGCACGAGAGUUUCCCAUUCCUGAACAUAUCGAUAUCUACCUGCUGAACGAGGGUGCACCACCUAGCGAGCUCGGUGCUUUGGAAUGGGUUGUCAAGGAAGCUGAGAACGAGAUGGACCGUAUGGAAAAGUUGGCCGAAGAUAUUCUUGAGAAGAACGGUCCUGAUGACCCUAUCUUGGAAGAUUUAUAUGAGCGAAUGGAAAACAUGGACCCGUCGACUUUCCACACCCGUGCCUCCUUGAUCUUGACCGGUCUUGGAUUCAACAGCGUCACCAUUCACAAGAAGACAAAGGACAUGUCUGGUGGUUGGAGAAUGCGAGUGGCUUUGGCCAAGGCUCUCUUCGUCAAGCCUUCUCUGUUGUUGCUCGACGACCCCACUGCCCAUUUGGAUCUUGAAGCUUGUGUGUGGUUGGAAGAAUAUCUUAAGAAGUGGGAGCGUACACUUAUCCUGGUUUCUCACUCCAUGGACUUUUUGAACGGUGUCUGCACAACCAUGAUCGAUAUGCGUAUGAAGCAGCUUCUGUACUACGGUGGUAACUACGAUUCCUACCACAAGACCAGGUCCGAGCAGGAGAUCAACCAGAUGAAGGCAUACACCAAACAGCAAGAGGAAAUUGCCCACAUCAAGAAGUUCAUUGCUUCUGCUGGUACCUAUGCCAACUUGGUGCGUCAAGCCAAGUCCCGUCAGAAGAUUCUCGAUAAGAUGGAGGCCGAUGGAUUCAUUCAACCCGUCGUUCCCGAUCGAGUGUUCUCUUUCCGUUUCGCCGAUGUCGAGAAGCUUCCUCCCCCUGUCCUGGCCUUCGAUGACGUAACUUUCUCUUACUCUGGAAAGCCCGAGGAUACUCUGUACGAGAACCUCGACCUUGGUGUUGACAUGGACUCCCGAACUGCUCUGGUCGGUCCCAACGGUGUCGGCAAAUCCACUCUUCUCCGUCUGAUGACCGGAAAGUUGAGCCCCAACAGCGGCCGUGUCCAACGCCACACUCACUUGAAAUUGGGUCUUUACAGCCAGCACUCCGCCGAACAGCUCGACCUCACCAAGUCAGCCCUCGACUUUGUGCGCGAUAAAUUCAGCGAAAAAUCCCAAGACUACCAGUACUGGCGUCAACAGCUCGGCCGUUACGGUCUGAGCGGCGAGUCCCAGACUGCGCUCAUGGGUACGCUGUCUGAGGGUCAGAAGAGUCGUAUCGUCUUCGCAUUGCUCGCCAUUGAGUCUCCCAACAUGUUGCUACUUGACGAGCCUACCAACGGUCUCGAUAUUCCCACUAUCGAUAGUCUUGCGGAUGCCAUCAACGCCUUCAACGGUGGUGUUGUCGUCGUGUCCCACGAUUUCCGUCUUCUCGAUAAAAUUGCCAAAGAUAUCCUCGUCUGCGAACACAAGACAGUGCGACGAUGGGACGGCUCCAUCGGCGAGUACAAAAACUACCUCCGCAAGAAGAUGGUUGCAUCCGGCGCCGUCUAA